CUGCACUUCUCACAGUCAAUGCUAUUCCAUUCCAGAAAAGAGAGAUUGAAUUUAGAAGCUGUAUUCCUGGUUAUGUUUUCAACGUUGAAAUGAAACCAAACCCUAUCGUUCUUGGAAAAGACGUAACUUUUGAUAUUUCUGCAACUGUAACUGAUGAUGUUGGGAAUAUUGGAUAUGUCUUGGUGAAUUUUAUGGACGCAGAUAAUAAGCUUUUACAAUUUCAACCACUUCUUCUUUCUUCGGGCAUUAAAGCUAACGAAACAAUUGAUGGUUCAUAUUCAAUGCCAGUGAAACUUUUACCAGAAAGUAUAGAAAUUAAAAUUUUUUCGCAUAGAAAUAGUGGUCCAGAUAAAGAAGUUGCCA